CAGCUGUAUAUAUACGGGUAACGGCCGGUGUGAUUUCCCUCGCCUUCUGUUUGUUUGUUAGUGAGAGUCCGCAGCCGGGGAGAAAACCCAAAUGGAGACGACUUAGCAAAAUCCACCGGCGAGGGCGAAAUUCAGCAGUGGGAAAGUAGCAAAGAAACACUCUGCACUGCAAUCUUGACGGUUACUUGGAUGAAAUGGCAUCGUCGUCUUCUUCUCACCCGCCGCCCAUUCCUCCGGUUCCGGACGCCGGCGGUGAAAACCUAGAUCACGAUGCUCAGUUCCCGCCGCUUCCGGUUCUUGUCGUCACCGAGCCUUCUCAACUUCCAGUUGAGUUCCUUAACCCGUCGCCGGACCAUGAACUCGUCGUCGGCUUGGAUUGUGAAGGCGUUGAUCUCUGUCGCACUGGAAAACUAUGUAUUGUGCAGCUUGCGUUUCCAGAUAUUGUCUACAUUGUUGAUGCUAUUGACGGAGGGAAGGCAGUUAUGGAAGCUUGUAAGCCUGCACUGGAGUCGAGUCACGUCACGAAAGUGAUUCAUGAUUGUAAAAGAGACAGUGAGGCAUUGUACUUUCAAUUUGGCAUUAAGCUGCAUAAUGUCAUUGACACUCAGAUUGCUUUUUCACUGAUAGAGGAGCAAGAAGGGCGGUACAGAGCGCCAGAUGACUACAUAUCUCUUGUUAGCCUAAUUGCUGAUCCAGACUAUUGUGGAGUGGAAUAUGCGAAGGAAGAGGUUCGUCUUCUUCUUCGGCAGGACCCUAAGUUCUGGGAGUACAGACCACUUUCUGAGAUGAUGAUACGUGCAGCUUCCGAUGAUGUCCGCUUCCUCCUCCACAUCUAUCAGAAGAUGAAGGAGAGACUGAAUGAAAGAUCGCUAUGGUGCCUCUCUGUUCGUGGUCAACUUUACUGCCGGUGUUUCUGCAUCAAUGACAAUGACUAUGCUGAUUGGCCACCACUCCCUGUACUUCCAGUGAACUUCAUAUUUAAUUUAUCCACUACUGUCUGCUUGAGCUGUAUAGAGAGCGAUGAAGGAAAUGAUGAUGGCCCUGAGGAACAAAUCCUCACUGUUGUCAACGUUCCACCUGGGCAAAUGGGACUUGUAAUUGGAAAAGGUGGAUCUACAAUUCGGUUCAUAAAGGAAUCCUGCAAUGCUGAAAUUUUCAUAGGAGGGUCAAGGGGUCCACCUGAUAAGGUUUUUGUAAUUGGAUCCGUGAAAGAAGUGAGGAAAGGAGCAGCAAUUGUGAGGGGAAGGCUGAUCUCCUUCUACUGAUUCGUGAAACUGACAUGCUUCCUACAUCUUUGUUAUAACCUCAUCCUUGCUAACCGAUCAUACUUUGUCGGCAAACAACAAUUUCCAGCACUCAAACUGGCUGGAACAUGAAGCCGUGGCUCUGAUCUUGGCUUUGAAGGAAUAGCUUACUUGCUGUACCAUUUCCAGUUCGGACUCAGCAUGGCAUUGCCAGUUUUUUCUUCUUUUUUUUUUCUUCUUCUUUACUUGCUACUGGAGGAACAAACUGUGGCGAAACGGAUUUCUCAGCCUCUAGCUAUAUGCAUUCUGCAGUAGUGUCAUUGAAGGCUUGUCUCUGAGAGUUUUGGAAUUCAAACUAAUAUCGUGUGCGAGUUAUGAUGCUACUUGUACUACAGAUCAAGAACCACUAGACAACUGCCUCACAGUUUAUUCGAAAUCAAUUUGAUAGUUGGAUGCAGAAUCCUCACAUAUUUGAAUAAAACUUUACAAAUCUCUCUUUCAACA